ACAUACCCUCACUCUCACUGUCUCAGCCCUCGUUCAAUUUCCAGGGUUUACAAAAGAAGCGCCUUUUCUUCCAUUUGAUUCCUCCGAAUCGAUCUUCACUCUUCUCUUACUGAUCUUGCAAUUUCAAAUCCAAACUCAAGAUGCAUGCGCCAGUCCUCGUCCUCAAAGAUUCGUUGAAGCGUGAGUCUGGAACCAAGGUUCACCAUGCUAAUAUCCAAGCAUCCAAGGCUGUUGCUGACAUUAUUCGUACUACUUUGGGUCCACGAUCUAUGUUGAAAAUGCUGCUUGAUGCUGCUGGAGGGAUUGUAGUCACAAAUGAUGGAAAUGCUAUUCUUCGUGAAUUAGAUGUUGCGCACCCAGCAGCGAAGUCAAUGAUUGAGCUAAGCCGGACCCAGGACGAGGAGGUAGGAGAUGGGACGACAUCUGUAAUUGUUCUUGCUGGAGAAAUGCUCCAUGUUGCAGAAGCUUUUAUUGAUAAGAAUUAUCAUCCCACAGUCAUCUGUCGAGCUUAUAACAAGUGUCUGGAAGAUGCUAUUGCUGUGCUUGACAAAGUUGCAAUGACCAUAGAUGUAAAAGACCGCGCAACAAUGUUGGGGCUCGUAAAGAGUUGUAUUGGGACUAAAUUUACCAGUCAAUUUGGGGAUUUGAUCGCUGACUUGGCAAUUGAUGCAACAACCAUAGUAGGAGUUGAACUUGGCCAAGGAUUGCGUGAGGUGGAUAUCAAGAAGUACAUUAAGGUGGAGAAGGUUCCUGGGGGUCAGUUGGAAGACUCAAAAGUUUUGAAAGGGGUCAUGAUUAACAAGGAUGUUGUGGCUCCUGGUAAAAUGAGAAGGAAGAUAGUAAAUCCCAGAAUCAUUCUUCUUGAUUCUCCCCUCGAGUACAAGAAAGGUGAGAACCAAACCAAUGCUGAAUUGUUGAAGGAAGAAGAUUGGAGUGUCUUACUGAAAAUGGAAGAGGAGUACAUUGAGAACCUAUGUGCUCAAAUACUGAAGUUUAAACCAGAUUUAGUAAUAACUGAGAAGGGGUUGAGCGAUCUUGCUUGCCAUUAUUUUAGCAAGGCUGGUGUCAGUGCAAUCAGAAGGCUCAGGAAGACAGAUAACAACAGAAUUGCCAAAGCUUCUGGGGCAGUAAUUGUAAACCGACCUGAUGAAUUGCAGGAAUCUGAUGUUGGUACUGGUGCCGGGCUUUUUGAGGUAAGGAAAAUAGGCGAUGAGUUCUUUGCUUUCAUUGUUGACUGCAAGGAUCCAAAAGCAUGCACAAUUCUUUUGAGGGGUGCUAGCAAGGAUCUGCUGAAUGAAGUGGAGAGAAAUCUGCAGGAUGCUAUGUCUGUGGCAAGAAACAUAAUAAAGAAUCCGAAACUUGUUCCAGGUGGGGGCGCUACUGAGCUGACUGUAUCAGCUACACUAAAGCAAAAGAGCUCAUCUAUUGAAGGCGUAGAAAAGUGGCCUUAUGAAGCUGCUGCAAUUGCAUUUGAGGCAAUUCCAAGAACAUUGGCUCAGAAUUGUGGAGUCAAUGUGAUUCGGACCAUGACUGCCUUGCAAGGAAAGCAUGGAAGUGGUGAAAACGCUUGGAUUGGCAUAGAUGGAAAUACUGGUGAAAUUACUGACAUGAAAGAACGUAAGAUAUGGGAUUCAUACACUGUGAAGGCUCAGGCAUUUAAGACCGCCAUUGAAGCUGCUUGCAUGCUUUUGAGAAUCGACGAUAUAGUGAGUGGCAUCAAGAAGAAGCAAGCCCCUGGAGCUCAGGGCCCAUCAAAGCCCACAAUCGAGCAAGAAGGUGAUGCAGACAAUGAGAAUAUGAUUCCAGAGUGAGAGCUGACUGGAUCGCAUCAUUGGUCUGUAAAUGAAAUUAUCUUAUGAUUCUCAACCAAGGCUGGCUCUCAAGAAAAGGAAAGACACCAUUGCUAUCUGCUGCUGUUUUGGUUGGAUGCAGAAUGGCUUGAUCAAGUUAAGUGUUGAGAUAGUGCUGAUUUAUCCCCUAAAAAACUCUUGUUCCUUGGCUGACAUGUUAAGUUUAAUGUGGGUUUUUUCCUGAUGUACUACGAAUUUUGUCCUCGAACUUAGUUGUUUUCUAGAGAUUACCUUUGGAGUGCAUUAUUGAUAUUCCCUCGCA